GUUGAUUAAGGUGAUGUACAUAUGUUUUCACCCAUCCAGAACAUAUUUACAUAAAUAAUAAUACUUAUAUAGUUACCCUGAUUAUCAUUCAUACCAGCAAUUGUUUUUGACCAUCUAAUCGAUGAUGUCAUUCCACAUAAUUUACUAAACCGUUUACUUGUUGAUUCACACUUCUGACAUGUUUAAAAUAAUAAUUAUUAUUAUUAUAUUAUUAUUCUGAAUAUUUAUACAGAAUAUAGUCACUGCAGUGUUUGAAACACUGUUAUUAAUGUGGGUCCUGUGUUCGGAAUGUAUACAUUAAGUAUGCACUGGCAUUACCUACUCAAUUUCCCUCACAUGGCAUGGGUUGACCGGUCGCUGUGGACCGAACCAAGGACCUUGUGAUUGCGAAGCGAACUCCAUAACCACAAUUUAUAUACAUUAACCACAAGGCCACGUGCUAAUAUUCUAAUUUAUAUAAUAUACUCCUUACUUAUAAUUUUUAUAAUCUUUAGAUCUCAAUGUUUCAUAUCAGCCACACCUAAGUGCAAGUCAAAUCUUUUAUAGCGCCUGAAGUAAACAGGCUCAAAUAUUCCACUGUUUGAAAAAUCUUAUCAUCCCAAAAAGCACAACUUUGUUGAAUUUACAAAAAAAAUGUGUUGAAUAAACAUUUCUUUUACUGUUUUGAUUUGUCAGUAGAAGUGAGCUGAGAAAUUAUUGUUACAAGAUACAUGUUUUUAGAAGGGGUCUAGCAGCAAAUUUAUUGUCAAAAAAUCUCUGGUACAUACUGAUUUAGCUAAAAAAUUUGGAAAGACCCCAUCAUAAGUUCAAAAAAAAAAAUUAAUCUUAAAACUUCAAACUAAACCAUUUUUUGUGCAAAAUAAUUUAGUGUAUAUUAUAUAUGCAGCGAAUGGAAAGUUCGGCUGCAAAUCCAAUAUUAUUCACACUAUUUAUUUUCUUAACUCUAUAUUAUUCUAGUUUACCAUGGUUCUUCUGGGUGUGCAGUUUGUCAUAACUUUAGUAGUUGUACUAUUUCUCCAAAAAUUGGGACCAUAUUACUCUCUAGCAAGAUGGAUUAUGAACAAUAAGCUGUUUCGAUAUCUACAUCCAACAAACAAUCAACUGAAAGCAUUAGCCGGAAAACCAAAUGGUGCCCCAAAAGGGAAGCGAAAGAAGGCGAAUGAGAAGGCUGAAAUACCUUUGCUACAGACAGAAACCUUCACAGUGCCUUGCAAUAUUAAUGUUCCUUUGGAGUUAGUACCUGUCGAGGAGUGUGACCUCUAUUCACAAUAUAAAUAUCAGGAUUAUAAAUGGUUGGUUGACUUUUCCUUCUGUGCAGCAUUAGUAUAUAUCCUAAUUGAACUAGCAGCAUUGUGGAGACCACAAAUUUACACGGAAGAGUUUAAUAUUGGUUUUGUGUGGUGUCUACUUGUUGUUUAUUUUGCACUUAAAGAGUUAUUCUUGCUAACUGCUGCAUAUUGGGGCACAGAAGAUGGAGGUGAACGUGCCAUGACCAUAUCGUUUGGUUUCUUUUUCUUCAUAAUGGCAAUGGGUAUAUUGGUGGUUGAUGAAAGUGUUCUUGAUUUUGGCUUAGAAGUUGGAUAUACAGAUUUUGAAGACAAUUUGCAAACUGUGUUCAAAAAAUUGAGUUUGAGUGUUCAAAGUGCUCCAUCAAUAUGGACAAUGAAAAUUUUUUUGGCACUACUUUCGGCUUCUCUUGGAGCAGUGCUUGGUUUUCCUGGUAUUCGUUAUGCAAAUAUGCAACUUGAUUCCAUAUUUUACUUCAGUGAAAGUCGAUUUAAUCAGCUAUUGUUGCAUGCUACAUUUUUUAGUCCAUUUUUUCUCAUAUUAUUAUGGAUCUUACCACUUUCCAAAGAUCUGAUGUAUGUUAAAAAAGAAAAAUCUGGAGUGCAGCAGUUAAUGACAUAUGACACCUUUUUAUAUGCUCGUAUCCAUUUGUUUAUACUUGUGUGUUUGUUACGAUUGUUUGUUCUACGUAGACUAUUGCAAUCUCAUUUAAAUUCAGCAUAUCAGAAAAUUGCUAAAUUGAAGAAAGAAACUGGGCGGAUUUCUAACCUCGAGCUUCAGCGUACAGUUGCACGUGUAUUUUAUUAUUUAUCGGCAGCUGCUUUACAAUAUGUUGCACCAUUGAUAUUAAUGUUGUUCUUUUCGUUAAUGCUAAGAACACUGACAUAUAACAUGGUCGAACCUACAUCGGCGAGGAAUAUAACAUUGACUGAGAAAGCUGCAGGUGAACAAAAGAAGGAGUAUGCAAAACUAAUUCGAAGUUUGUUUUCAGUGAAAAUGGUAAAUGGAGUAUGUUCCUAUUUGACUUGGUGGACAUGUGUUUCAUAUUUUUUGACAUCAUGUUUUGGUACUGCUUAUUUAAAGUUUUUAGCAUAAUUUUUUUGCCUACCUUGUUAAGGAUAUAUUGCUUUGAAGUAGUUUGUGCUUUCUUUUUUAAAAUUUACUAUGUAGUAAAUGGUACUAUAUAUAUUCGAAAAUAUAUAAAUCUUUGACAA